GGGGGGCCGGCCCCCACCAACUUCCCUUUACAUGUUAAUUUCUUAACAAGAUAUUGUUAUUCUUCCUGUUAUUUCCUAAAAAUGGCUGCCUUCUUUGGGUCUCCACCAUUUCUUUCCCACCCACUACCAAGAAAUCAUCAGUACUUCUCUUCUUCAACAUCACAAGCACCAACUCCAACUCCUCCACCAAACCACCCUCCUAAUUCACAAUCAAACUCUCCAUCUCGAUCUCCACAACUCAGCACAAGCUCAACUGAGGAGUCUCCAGCACCAAACUCAGUCAAAGUGCAGCAACAAAAGCCUGUCAAACCUGCCACCAAAGUUGAAACUACAGACUGGAUUGCUUCCACCUUAACCAGAAGGUUUGGGCUUGGAGCUGGCCUUGCCUGGGCUGCAUUUCUUGCUGUUGGAGUCAUCUCUGAACAGAUAAAAACCAGACUUGAAGUAUCCCAACAAGAAGCUAAUACAAGAGAUGUGGAGAAGGAAGAAGAGGUGGUGCUCCCUAAUGGGAUGAGGUAUUAUGAAUUGAGAGUUGGAGGUGGAGCAACUCCAAGGCCAGGAGACUUGGUUGUGAUUGAUGUUAAAGGGAAGGUUGAAGGCAGUAGUGAGCAAGUGUUUGUGGAUACCUUUGGUGCUGAGAUGAAACCAUUGGCUCUAGUGAUGGGUUCAAGGCCAUAUAGUAAAGGAGUGUGUGAAGGGAUUGAGUAUGUAUUGAGAUCAAUGAAGGCAGGGGGUAAGAGGAGAGUGAUAGUUCCUCCCAAUUUGGGGUUUGGAGAGAAUGGUGCAGAUUUAGGUGAUGGUGUGCAGAUUCCACCAUCUGCAACUCUUGAAUAUAUUGUUGAGGUUGAAAAGGUCUCAAUAGCCCCAGCUUAAUUUGAUUGUGUAAGCUAUGAACCAGAUGAUCAUGACAUUUUCAUAAUUAGAUUCUCCAUUUUUCCCAAUUUAUAUUACGAAAAGAAAGAUCAUAAAUAAAGUAAAUCUGUCGCACUAA